AUGGCGCCAAAGGAGGAGAUAUUGUUUGAAGGAUGUAACUUCUUCCGGCUUCGUUUAACAUAUUCCAUUCUCAGUGGAAGGCCAGUAAGAAUAGUUAAUAUCCGAAAAGACGACGAUGCGCCUGGUAUAAGAGGUUUAAAAAUAUGCUUUUCGAAAAAUUAGUUCCUGGGUGUUUUCAGAUUUUGAAGCAAAACUCGUGUCGCUAUUGGAGAAAGUCACAAAUGGCACAAAGGUUGAAAUCAAUCGAACAGGUAUCUCGAUUGCUUUUUGUUUGUUAGAAAAUCGAAAGACCUUUUCAGGUACACAGGUCAUCUUCCGGCCUGGUAUGAUAACUGGCGGUGUUCUGACGAUGGACUGUGGUGUUGACCGAUGUCUUUCUUAUUUUCUUGAGCCUCUCGUUCUUUUAUCUCCGUUUUGCAAACAUCCGCUCAGUGUCAAAUUGAAAGGUUGCUUUUCGAGUUCAAGAAUUAUUUUAAUAUAAAGACAAAAUUAAUUUUUACCUUCGAAAUAGCUUUCCCCGCGUACAGAUGUGAUUUAAACAAUAGUUAAUAAGAUAGGAAUUUGCUGUAUUGGAACUUCUUACUUUUUAUUUUUUUGUCUUGAUGCAAAAUUAUUAUUUCAUUACAAGAUAUUUUAAGUUUUUUUCAAGGGCGAAAAACUAGAAAGCUUUGUAUCUUCAGUAUUAUUUUUGUCUCAGCAUAAUUGGAUUAUUAAUUUUUACCCCCUGUGGAAAAGUUGAGUUUUUUCCGAUUAAAAAAAAUUUCUUGCAGGAGUCACGAAUGCGCCUGGAGAGCUUUCCGUGGACGCAAUAAAAUCUUCUUGGCUUUGUGUCUACAAUAAGUUUGUUUUAAACGACGAGAAGCUGGAAUUGAAGGUUCUUAAUUUUUUCAAUUUUUCCAGUUCACAUGCAAUUUUCAGAUCACGGCUCGUGGUUUAAUGCCCGAUGGCGGUGGCGUUGUACAGUUUUCCGCUCCGAUUGUUAAAUUUUUACGGCCUGUGAAGGUUCAGAUUUUUCUUUCUUCAUCAAAUUUCCUUACUUAUUCAUUUGCAGAGAGAGAAAGCUGGUAAAGUGUGCAAAAUCCGAGGACAGGCCUAUAUCACCAAGGUUUUCGGGAACGAAUGUAUUUUUAAAUCUCGGUACUUUUCAGGUCACCCCUUCCUUCGCUUAUCGUAUGAUUGACGCGGCGAAAAAAGCCGUUCACGGAUAUUUAUCAGAUGUCUACAUAACAGUAGAUCAGAGGAAAGGCGAUGCUGGUGGAAAGUUGGUCUUUUUUUUCAAAGUAUUUUUUCAAGUAUUUCGAGUAUUUAAGUGUCGUAAUGUUUAUCGAAAUGAAUACAAUUCCUCCGAACAUAGAAAAAGGAUGCAAUUUGGUACUUUUCUUGUGUGCCACUUUUAUCACAUAGCUUAUCAAAGUUGUUUCAGUUUAAAGCCAAACGGAUAAUAUAUAUUUUUGAUAUUAAAAGCUUUAAAUUUAGUUCGCCGGGAUAUGGUUUGUUCUUAACGGCAGAAACAACAGAAGGCGUCGUCUACCAAGCCGAAUCGAUUUCAAGACCCAAAAAGGAGGCCGGUGAUCCGAUUCUGCCAGAAGACGUCGGAACUCUCGCUGGGCAUGCUCUCCUCGAUAAUAUCUUCAUGGUUGAAACUUUUUGAUCAUCCAGGAAAACUAUAAAAAACUUUAGGGAGGCGCUUUGGACAGCGCUGCGCAAUGUUUGGCGAGCACAUUCAUGGCAUUGGGUCAAAAAGACAUUUCAACUUAUUUAUACGGACCUUUGCCCAUUUACAGGUAAGAACUUUUCGAGAAAUUAUAUUCGCUAUUAAUUUUUUGAAUUUCUAAAGGGAAACUAGAAAAAACUUAGUUUCUUAGGCGAAAAUGAAUUGAUGUUUGUGCUUUCAUAUGUUUCUGUUGACAACAGUUUGCUCCAAAUGUAAGCUGGGAGAAGAAAGAUCAGAGUUUAUUUUGAAACUAACGAAGAGGAACAUACAAAGAGAUGCAGAACGUUUUUUUCUGAAUUUUUUCAAAAGGAUAGAAAACUACCGUAAAACAGAUUUUUUUUUUGCAUUUUUUCUUUACAAAACUGCGAAAUAGAGAUCUCGAAGCGAAUUGGGAGUUAGUUUUUUCUAAUUUAAUGUAUGGUCUUUUUGGUAGAAAAAAAACGUGUUAAGAUGGCGCGGAAUUUACUAUCACUCGCCAUUUUAAGCCUCAAAAUGCAUUAUUUUUAUUGGAAUUCUUCAGUAUCCACACACUGCGCCAUCUGAAAGAAUUCUUCGAAGUCGAGUUCAAAAUCGAGUCAGCAAAGAUGAAAGGUGAAGACCAAGAGGAAUUGAGGAUAGGGAGUCGAGACAAAGCAAUCGUCACUGCCCUUGGUGUCGGCUACAGUAAUCUCAAUAAAACUGUUUUGUAACGUUGUUCACAAUCGUUGUUAUCUUGCUUGUUACUUUUUUUCUUGUUGAUUUUAUUGUUGAUAUUGCAGAAUAACCGUUUAGUCCAUAAAAAACUUCAAUUCGUUUUGUUUAUCAAUUUAAAUUUCUGUUCUCGUUCAGUUAAGAUAUAUUGAAAAUUGUGGAGCUUGGGAAUCUUGAACUCUGUAUUCACUCAUCUGAAACAGAAAAUUACUACCGAAAAUUCAUUAAAAACCGCUAAAAGUCUGAACUCUACGGAAAAAACUGUCCCAUUCUCAAGUUAUUUUCUUACAAAAGUUCCAAUGCUUAGAACUGACGAUAUGAAGGCCACGGCUAGAAAAUCGACAGGAGCUCCGCCUUUGCCGCCGGGACAUCCGGCUCGCCGCAAGUCGGCCAAUCCGCGACACCACCGACACCAGUCAUCGCGCAAAAGUCGAGUCGACGAAGAGAUCUACAAAUGGCAGAAGAGUUCUGGUUUUCUUAUUCCAAGGAGCCCUUUUCAGCGAGUUGUUCGCUCUAUUUUUCAAGAGGUCCGUUCUUUCUUCUAACAUCUAUAUUAUAAAUAGUUCUUAUCUAGUUGCGCAAAUGGCGUCUGCCAAGGAAUUUCUGAUAAAACGUGGCCGAAGUGUACUUCUGGGCCUCCUGAUUCAAAAUCAAAAAUAAAAGUUUUCGCAAUAUAUUUUUUCAGAGUUAUGAAACUUAAAACUGCUAAAAAAGUUUUGUACCUUGAUUUUUAUAGUUGCUUCGAAGGGUCUCAAUUCAAAUCAAGACCUAUUCCGAGAAUUUUUUCUUGUUCUGGAAUCAGGAGGUGUUGAAGUAUAUUUUAGCCAAGUAUCUUCGAAAGUUCGAUCGGUGGCUAAACAAGUUUACUUCUGAUCUAAUUUUUUUCUUUUCAAAAUGUAUUAAAAUAACACAUUCAGCCGUCUUUUUUUUUCUUUCCUUUUUCAAACCUUGGAGCUUAUUAAGAAAUACAAGGGCUACAAAGUUCAACGACUUGCUGUGGAAGCGCUUCAAGAGAUGGCCGAGAUGAUGCUGGUUCAGCUGUUUGAAGAUGCCAACCAGGCCGCGAUCCAUGCUAAGCGGGUGACGCUUCUUCCGCGCGACAUGGAUCUCGUUAGGCGUCUCCAACGGUACCACUUCUUCUAACUUAUUUCCAAAUAACUGUACAAUUCAUUCACGAUUCGCCUUCUUCGGCCUUUAAGGACGUUUUCGAAAGACGCUAAAAUUUCACUAUUCACACUCUUUUAUUGCAUACGAAAAUGGCGUCUUAAUUGGUCCAAUGACUUUUUUCCCGUUUCCAAAAAAAGUGACAUUUGUUUUAUUGAAUAUUUUUAUGUACGAGUAAAUUUUCACCCGAUCUCAAAUUCCUCAUUUGCCUACUCGGACCCUGGUAACGACGUGUCAGGGAAUUUCUAGUGACUCCUUUAGUAGCUUCAGAGCUCUUAAGUGAUACCUAGAGUUGCUCAGAAACGACCGCUUUUUCGUUACCGACUCUGACAUGCUAAUCUUUCUCUGACUUACACUGUUCCGUGGUUUCAUCGCAGAUAGAUAACGACGAAACGGUGUAGGUGAGUGAAAAAGUUUUGGCGAUCUCUAGGCGCCCCAUGUCAGAGGAGGUCCGAGUCCUCAGACCUCAGACAACGCGAAACGGACGUGCUCCGGACGUUUCUGGGCAUUUCUAG